AUGCCUUUUAGCCUCAUCCAGAUGUCUUUCCGCGGGUCUGGUGCUGGGAUAUACGAAUCCGACUCAAAUGAUUCGCAACUGAGCGAUUAUGUCAUAUCAUCUUACACACCUACUCUAUCUGCCUUGAUUGAAUCGCCCAAUCUGGUAGUGGAUUCUUCAUUCAAGCUAUUGUCGGUCAUACAACCAUCAGCUCCCGGAGUAACCUCCAUUCCCAACACUAAAGAAGAGUUGGACAACAUUCGUCGACAUUUUAGUAACCAAACACAUUCUGUCCUUGAGGGCCGGGAAGGCACCAAGGCCCGAGUGAUGAAGGAGAUGGAGGAUUGUGACUGGAUCCAUUUAGCGUGUCAUGGGGUCCAGAAAUCAGAUGAGCCGACGAAGAGUGCACUCAUCCUCGAAGAUGGCCACCUGACACUCGAGGAAAUCAUCAAGCUCGACCUUCCGAAGGCAGAGUUUGCGUUUCUCUCAGCCUGUCAGACGACGACUGGAGACGAGGAGCUGUCCGAAGAGGCGGUUCAUAUUGCCGGAGGUAUGUUGUUGGCAGGGUACCGAGGGGUGGUAGCGACGAUGUGGUCUAUACGAGAUGACCUUGCGCCAGAGGUAACGGACGAGUUCUAUGGGCAUAUUAUUCAAGGCGGAGAAAGGCCGGAUAGUAGGAGAGCCGCAGAAGCACUUCACUUUUCUGUGCAAAAGCUUCGAAAAAAGCCAGGGGUGUCACUUGUAGACUGGAUUCCGUUUGUACACCUCGGUGUCUAG